UAUCUUGUCUUAUGCUAGCUUUUCAACAGAUUUUGUGGUGUAAAAAUAUCAUAAAUGUUUUUUACAAUUUAAAAAAGUCCCCUCCCACAUGUGUCUAUAGCCACUAAAAAGCUGGAAAGCAAUCUACUUGCUGUCUAUCUGAUAGUAAACAGACACACGGAGGUAAAGGUUCACAACGUCAGUCUUUAAAUCUUUUUGGUUAGAAAGAUGCACUGCAGAGCAAUUUCAUGUCUAGUGAUCAGUAUAGUCUGUUGUGCAGCGCUGGAACAGAGUCCGUCUGGGAAGAGCGGUUGGACUGGGAAGCUGUUAGUGGUACCAAUGGAUGGAAGUCACUGGACGGGAGUGAAGGCCGUGGCAGAAGAGAUGGGACGCAGAGGUCACACAGUGAUUGUGGUGAUUCCAGAGAUCAGCAUACGUUUGGGUCCAGGCAAACACUACAUCACAAAGACGUUUCCGGUCCCAUAUGGGCAAGAUUUUAUCAACCAAAUGAUGAUGGAACAUAAAUUGACAGCACCAGGGCCGUCCCUACUGAAGAGUGUGACUUCAAGGGUGGACCAUAUGAGAAAGAUUAUUAAAUAUUUGUCCUCCACCACUGAGAGUCUGUUCAAGAACCAGGAGCUUAUAGAGUUUCUGAAAGAGCAAAACUUUGAUGCUGUUUUAACUGAUCCUGCCCUACCAAUGGGGGCCAUAUUGGCAUAUAAUCUAUCCGUGCCUGCAGUGUACAUGUUAAGGGGAAUGCCAUGUGAUGCUUCAGCCACAGCCUGUCCAAACCCUCCUUCAUAUGUCCCACGUUUCUUUACAAAAAACUCAGACCGGAUGUCUUUUGAUCAGCGUGUAUUGAACCUUCUUGUGAGCGUGCUGGAACCACUGGUGUGUAAAUUUGUGUACUGGCCAUUUGAGGAAGCGACAUCCAACUUCCUGCAGAGAGAUGUGAGCCUGACUGAGAUCCUGAGGACUGGAGCUGUCUGGUUGAUGCGGUAUGAUUUUAGCCUGGAGUUCCCCAAACCCCUGAUGCCCAACAUGAUUCUGAUAGGAGGUAUUAACUGUGAAAGUAGAAACCCACUGACAAAGGUGAGCAUCGUCUUUAUACUCAUCACAUGAUACACUAAUGCUACAUGACAAGA